AUGGUGCUAUACCCAAUAGUACUAGCACACAAGAAUGUCAGCGCGUCGAAAGAGGCACGUAAGAAGAUUGAGCACAUCCGCAAGUGGGUGCGAGAGCAACCUGUCAGUGCGGCAACUGCAGUAACAUGUGGGUCACAGUAUUUGUCCACAGCAUCUAUCAAGGCAUUACUAGACACACAGGACACAUACAAUACAGCCCAUGCGCAGAAACAGGCUACAAAG